AUGUUGGUUGACCUGAAUGUGCCCUGGCCACAGACCUCUUUUAAUGAUCCCGUGAAUGCACAACAGGUAACAGAAGUCACAAGGACUCUGGAAACGCUUCAUACACUUGGAUACUCACAUGCUGCGCUUAAUUUUACGAUAAAUCACACCGAGAAGUUCCCAACGUCUCUAAAAGAGCUGAAUCCCAUAAAGAUCGAGGAGUAUUUUGGAGAAUUCAUGCAAACUACGGGGCUGAAACUAUACUCGAGAAUAACACUGAUAAUUGACGAUCCGUCGAAAGGUCAAUCGCUUUCCAAAAUAUCGCAGGCUUUUGAUAUUGUAGCAGCGCUGCCCAUCAGUGAGAAAGCACUUACAAUGGUAACUUCGUCUUUGGAUGUGGAUCUACUUACGUUUCAGUACAAUCACCGACUGCCAGCUUUUUUAAAACAUAAGAGCAUUUGCAGUUGCGUUGCCCGAGGCGUGAAGCUCGAAAUAGUUUAUGGCUACGCUUUGAGAGACAUGCAAACCAGAAGACAGUUUAUUCAAAAUGCCAAAAGCGUUAUUCGCAGUUCACGAUCGCGCGGAAUUGUAAUAAGCAGCGGUGCUAAGAGACCACUAGAAUGCCGGAACGUAUUGGGUGUUACAUCUCUCAUCAAAAUACUGGGUCUUCACAGCGACAAAUGCAUGAAGGCCAUGACGGAGCUUCCGGCACUCGUACUAUUGAACGGACGGCUCCGUACCAAGAGCCACAAGCAAACAAUCGUUAUAGGCGGUGGCUCUGAAACUGACAUUGUCAACGAAUCUGACAUCGACCCAGGAAAACUCAUCAAAGUAGUAAAGCGCAAAGCUGCCGAGUCAUCCACGGAUCAGGAUCAGGAGCGCCCGACAAAGAUAGCUCAUACUUAA